GGAGACCAUUCUAAGCCAUCAGGCUCUGCAAGGAGUGGCGGUCGAUGGUGCAUGAGAGCACUGAGGAGGAGGCAGCGGAUGCAAAGAUAUAGGUGGGGCAGUAAAAGGGAGCGAAAGCAAUUGCAUCUUCAUCACCGGAAAAAGCAGGAAUCAUGGCCAACGUCACAACAACGACAGCCGCCAACAAUCUGACACUGGUCACAGAGGACAGUCCUUUCUCCAAAGUUUCACUGCAGAUGAAGGAGGCCUAUCCUUUCCAUGAUGGCUGGAACGUGGCCUGCUUUAUCAUCCUACUGCUGUUCAUCCUCACCGUUCUGUCUCUGGCAGCCUUGGCCAUGCUAUACGAGCUCUUGGACUGUGGCUGCUGCGUCAAAGAAAAAACGCAGAUACUACAAGAACAACUACAGGAGGUGGGGUCAGGAAACUGCAGCGAAGUAAUGACCAGCAUCUGCAAUGAAUCGGAAUCCAACACAGAGGUGGUAUAAAACCAGCAAGGAGCGGGAAAAACAGGAAUUAGAGAACCAGAGUAGGAACACAAUCCGAAAACCUUAUGGAGGACACCUUCAAAAACUGCUAAACAGUCAAGAGGAUUCUGAUGAACUGGGUCAGGAUGAACUAGUUGGACUGGAGAAUAAAAUCUACACUGACAAGCUGUCUAAAUUCCAUCCAUACAUAUUUACACAGAGCAAAAUCCUGAUCCAGAACUCGGUAUUUACAAAAGUACACAAGGAAGACAGAAGCAAUCGUAAAUAUAGUCAUAUUUAUUAUUAUGAUAAUAAAUGGGCCUGAAACCAUAAUUGCAAAACUAUCAAAAGAUGAGAUUAGUGAAUUUACAUCCCUAUCUUUGAAUUUGACCAGAAAGAGAUACGCAGAGAGUGAUUGAAAAAUCACUAAUGAAUCCAAGUGUUAUAAUUGUUUAGAUGCUAAUAGACAUCUACAUAAAGUAUUGCUAUUUGUAAGGAACAUUCUGAGAAAGCAGACUUCUAAGGACCUUGCCUUUUAGCACGUUAUAGCACGUUAGCAAUGUAGUGACGUGCAUAUCUGGACAGCUAUAUUAUGUAUUCUCACAAUGUAUUCUUAUAAAAGCCUUACAAAUGCUGUAAAUGACUAAUUAGUCAUCAGUAUAUUAUGUACACUUGUGUUCGUUUGUGUACGUUGUAAAUAAAAGACACCAUGAAUGACAACCUGGUAAAUGGUCCGAUUGUUCCACAUAAUAAAAUCUUGGGACCAAGAUGUCAUGAUCACUUACUAUAUGAACGUGCAAGCAUUUUGUGAUUUGAUUAUU